AUGCCAAGACCCGCUCCCACAGCUGAAGAUACUGAGGAAGUUCUCUUGUCAGCUCGAUAUGGAGAAUUAGAUGAGAUAAAGGAAUUCGUGGAGAAAUUCGGUGCCGGGCCAUUAGUUGAAGCUAAAGAUGAAAGAGGAAAUACCAUUUUACACAUGUGUUGUGGAAAUGGUCAUAUCGACGUAUUAAACUACCUUAUUCCCCUAAUACCCAAAGAUCUAUUGUCACGUACCAACGAAGCCGGUUCUCCACCACUUCAUUGGGCAGUAUCGAAUAACCACAUUGCUUGCGUCAAGGCGUUAGUCGAAUUACCGGAGGAACAAGGUGGUGGUUUACCUCUACUCAAGCAAACAAACGCAUCAGGGAGAGACGCAUUCACAGAAUCGAUAUUCGCCGGAGAAGGUAAAGAAGAAGUUUCAGGCUGGAUCGAAGGAUAUCUCUACAAGGUGGAGGGAGACGACGAGGAAGACGAGCAAGUGGAUAAAGAUGCUACUGUAGAAGAAGGAGAUGGUGAGAUCAAAGUUAUAGAAGGAGAUAAGAUGGUCAGAGAAGAAGCUGAGAAAGUAGAUGAAUUAGCUGAGAAAACUCAAGGUGUAGAGAUAAAGGAAUAG